UCGAAACCGUGAAUCGUGUUUCCAGUUUAUCCGACGUCGUUUCUCGUUGCACGACGCGCCGAUACCGCCGCUCUCGUCGACCGUUUCUCUCCGAAAUACAUCGCGUCACACGAAAGAGCUAGAUUACUUCGUUGAACCGUACAAUUGCCAUUCAUUUAACCUGGUUUUAAAACAAAAAGAGAAAGAAGAAAAAAAGAAAAGAAAAGAAAAGAACAAAACCGUAUUUCAGUGAUUUCGAGGCAAACGAAAGACCUCGGUCUUCUCGUCGUACGCACGAUACAACGAUAUAACAGAAUUUGUACGUUCGAUCGAAAAUCUAAAAUCAAACGUGUAAUUUAAUCGAGCGUUUGCUCGUACUCGUCGAUGCAAUGGUAAAAGACGAUACACGGUAGGUAAAAGCAGCGCGAUCAACAAAAUGACAGGAUCCAGAAUCAGACGCUAUCCUAGCCUUGGUGAAUCGAACGACGCGUUAGAUCCUCCAUGUGUACGGAAAUGAAGCGAAACCGUUUGUUCUUUCUUUUUUCGAAUCUCUAUCGACACGCUUGCUGGAACGUUGUCGAAAUUCGUACGAACCAGGAUGAUUACGACGCGUUCGACGUUUGAUAAAACGCUGCAGAAAACACUCGGAGAAUAGGGGGACAAAAUCUGCGAUUUCGAGACUACUUUCGCGAAAAAAAGAAAAAAAAAAAAAAAAAAGAAAAAGAAAAAGGAAAAGAAGAAAAGUAGACGGGAUAUGUAUAUUCCGAUGAAUAUAAUUCGAUUCGCAACCGUGUGCGAAUAUCCCGAACGACGGAUAAUAUCGCGAAAGUAAAGUGGAAUUUACACGAAGCUGUGAUCGGUUAGCUUCGUCUCUCUCAACGAGAAGAACUGGAAAGCUGGUGGCUCGGGAAAGAAGAGAAAAAGUCGACCCACGAGAUCGGAAUAACGCGGAAACGACUUGGCUGGGAAAAAAGGAAUUGCGAGUUUGCUGGCGAUAAACGUUGGAAAACGGGCGGAACAAGUCCGUUCGGAGUAAAAUAGAAAAGAACGUAAAGACUCGGCCAGUGUUCGUACAAAGUAGCGAAUUUUCGCGUUCGACGACGCAUCGCAUCGAACGGAGAAAACCGUCGCACUGUCGACUCUCGUGAGAUUUCAUCGGAUACGAAGAUAGUUUUCGGACAGGCUAUCCGAUCGAUACUCGUCUCCUCCGGUUGCAUUCCACUUUCAGGUAUUCGCGCAUUCAGCCGCGCGAUCGCUUUUACCUUACCAUUCCAGGGAAACUGACUGGAUCGUCGAACGGACUCGCUGUCGCUCUGUAACGCACGGAAACGAAAACGACGCACUAUUUUAUGGUAAUUAGAUAUAGGUCGAGGAUAAGAUUUCGUAGGCCGCUCGAAAAAGUACGCAGCGUGGUAUACGGAGGGCGUAUGAUAUCUUGGAACGAACUAUUUUCGUGACUACUUGGUCGCUCGUCGGGAGACUUUGAAAGGUGAACACGCUGAAACGCCGCAGGCCUCGAAGAACCUUUCGGACCAGAUCACCCCGAUCUUUCUUCUACGAUCUACAUCCAAAUUACCAGAGAUUAGCUCGCGGCAACUUUUAAACAUUCCACGAUAUCGAGACGAAGAGAAGAUCCCUUAUUUCCCAUCGGCGAAUUGCGAAUUUGCGAACGCGAUGGAUAUCGAUGGCCGUUGGUCGACCAAUUACUCGCUAAAACGUUGUCCGUGUUGAUUGAAAGUAUGGAGAGACGAGUGGCGGUAUCCGGCGAUACGAUCGCAGAUACGCCAGUUUGGUGGAAUGAUCGAAAGAUUUCAGAGAUCUAAGAAUACCAAAGUAAAUCGACCCGUGCCACACGUACGCCACCAGUUAGAAACAUUCCGUGUUUAUUGACAUUGUGUGGGAUUUAAAUCUACAAACGAAACGAGAGGAAUAUUUUUUUUCAACAGUUAGUUGGAAACACUUGUCACUCGUUCGCGAGUUGGAAACCUUCCGAACUGAAUUUACCUCCGCACGAGUGGACAGAUAUUUAUAAUAUUUCCUACUUUCACGAACAAACAAACGAACGCCCGUCGAGAGAGAAUGAACGAAGAAUUCGAGGAAUUUCAGGAAAUAUCAAACGUUACGAAAAAUCAUCGAUCGAUAUCCGAGAAGAACUCGAAUCGACAACUUUAAGAAACACCUUGUAUUCCUUAUAUUCGAAAAUCGAUCCGUCGUCGUUCGAAUCGUACGAUCAAAGUACACCUGCCAACAUCUGGAACCCAUCCUUCCGUUAUCACGCGAAUCGUCUCCGUAGAAAACUAGAAAAUUUUUCUCGUUAGAUUUACCUCGUAUCGUCGUACGAGAUCGUGACACGGUACUAGCACGGAAACGCGCAACAAUGGCAACUAAAAAAAUAACCAAAGCAAUCUCACGCGGACAUAGCGCUCUGGAUAGUAUUUCAAAGUUACGUUGAAUCUCUCGACAGGCUGGAUAAUUCAUCGGUUAGCGAUAAUAAUCGGGAUAAUUGGAUUGGUUAGACGCGAUCGUUGUUGAAAUUUUUAUCGGUCCGACGAAAUUCCGAAAUUUUUAAACGACCAACCGACAACGGAGAGAAGGAAUCGCGCGAUCUUGCGAUCGACGGCAGAGGGACGAAUCAACGCUUUUUGCGAAAACUCGAGCGAAGAUCGCGAGUGAAAAUAGAAAAUGGAAAUCGAUGCUUUCGUAGAGAUCGAUCUUUCGAGGCAAAUCGGCGCGUUUUAUGGAAUAUAAGAGAGAAAAGAGACAUAGCAAAGAGAAGGAAAGAUGUUGCCGGUCGCGUCCACGUACAAUCUACGUACGAGAUGCGGCGUUCAGGAUUCCUCGAGCGUAGACGUAUCCGCACGUUCCCGACGGUCCGCCACCCCAACCACGUGGGCCAAUUUGACGCAUUACGGUUACAGAAACAAAAGCUUCGAUCCAAGCCUGGAUCUCGAGGAGAAACCGAUAGAAGCUUGUCACGCUCUCUACUUUCUACUGGAUUUCUUUCAUCAGUACUACAUUCCCUCCAUCAUUUUGCUAGGCUUGGUGGGCAAUCUGUUGUCCUGCGUCGUCUUUCUAAACACGCAUCUGAGAAUACGAAGCUCCAGCUAUUACCUGGCCGCCCUGGCCACCGCCGACUUUGGCUUCUUGGUCACUUUGCUUUUAGUUUGGUUGAACAACACGCUAGGAUGGAAGGUGUUCAACAAAGAGGGUUGGUGCGAAACGUUGGUCUACGUGAGCGCCGUCUGCAGCUCUUUGAGCGUCUGGUUGAUCGUUGCGUUCACGGUGGAGAGAUUCAUAGCUGUUCAGUACCCUCUACACAGACCUCAUAUAUGCACUAUAGCCAGGGCAAAGACCAUAGUACUGGUGUUGGUGAUUUUGGCAUUGGCCAGUCAUUCCUACUCCUUUGUCACGGCCGGAGUGAUCAACAGGGACGGCGAAGAUUAUUGCGAUCUCAAGGUCGAAUACUUGGAGACGAUGAAGAUAAUCAGCAUAAUCGACAGCAUCGCCAGUCUAAUCGCGCCGCUCGUACUUAUCAUCGUCAUGAACACUAUGAUCAUGAGGAACUUGUUGAGGUUCAGCAGACGAUUCAAGCAGUCUUCGACCACGUCCACGGACUGCCCGAGCAGAGAACAGUCCGACAUCAAUCUGAAUCAGAUUCCGAGUGCCGGCAGCAGCAACAACAGCGCCGGCGGCAUUAAUCUAGGACCAGUGGUCGGAGGCCGACGGCCACCUUCGCAGCAAUCGUUUCACUCGUCCAAGAACAACCAUUCUCAUCACUCUCGGCAUCAAACCACGUCCGCGCCGCCAUCAACCCCACGAAACGCUUGUCAGUUACCCGAAAUAGCAACUCGCUGUAUACAUAUUAGAUCGUCCUCGAGGAAUCUCGUGUCAACGAGGAAUCAACAGAGCAUCACGAAAAUGCUGCUUCUCAUCAGCACCGUUUUCAUUCUUCUCAAUCUGCCGAGUUACGUGAUCCGAUUGUGCGUGUUCUUCUUCACGCUGGCCCGCAAGAACACGCCCGACCUGCUCUGGUGUUUGCAGCAGUUCUUCAUGCUUCUCUAUUACACCAACUUCAGCAUCAAUUUCUUAUUGUACGCAAUGUGCGGCAUCACGUUUAGGCGUUGUCUGCAACAGUUGCUGCGCAAGAUACUGAAAACUAUGACCAGGUACCAUUGCAACCUACGAAGAUACAUAUAGGAGCGACGGAAACGUUUUCGAGCAAAUUCAACUAUACAACCCAAUCGCGUCGCGCGACGCGCACGACCAUUGUGUUUCUCACCCUCGUUGUUUUGUCGUUGUCGUCGUCGUCGUCGUCGUCGUCGUCGUCGUCUUCGUAAUGCCGUUCGAUUCGACUAUUCACCAUCGAUUUACUAACGCGUGUAACGCGAUCAAAUAUCCAUGUCGAGCCGCUUUGUUCCGCUGUCGGAGGUACCAAGCGUGAAAAGUCUGACGUUCGUGGCUACGUUGUUCGAUCGUGUAAGCGAGAAACGAAAAUAGAAGAUAUUUAUCGCGUUAGCGAUUUACCAGUUUACAACGAUUACGAGUUAAUCGACUAUGGAGCGACGCGCGUUUUCAUCUUUGCAAGAUCUUUCGAAAUUUCGAGUAAACGCGAUUAUCGGUGGUUUGAAUAAGUUAAAAACGAGUACGUAUCUCGCAUACAUAUCCUAUUCUAUACCAUUGGAAUCAAGAUAAAAGGAUAUUAUAUUAAAAGCAAAAGGACAAACUUUCGACGACCUCGACACCUCGGUUUAAUACACACGUAUCUAGCGUAGCAUCCAUCUUGGAACGUUGCAUGGAAAAAUUCGCAGACUCGGUGUAAAAUUCGUUAUUUCUAUGUGGCGUCUACUUGUAUCGUGAAAACUACCUAUUGAUUAUAGAAAUUAGACAAAUUAUACGGAACUACGCGUGUAUCGUUACGCUUUGUCAGUGCUCCGACUUUCGAUCAAAUUUCCCACUUGGAACGUUCGACCGAAUUACCUACGCGAGUAAACGAUAAAUGUCUCAACGUUUUGUAAGCGUGUCUUUGUUUAAAUUGUAAAUCAUUCGUCUCGCACCGCUCAACAACCUCGUAAAAUACCAACGAAACUUGAAAACUGUCGAGCGUUUAAAAUUCAAUGGCUACCUAAUUACCUAAUUACCUAAUUAUCUAAUUAUCUAAUUACCUAAUUAUCUAAUUACCUAAUUACCUAAUUACCUAAUUGUCGAUAGAGUAAAACUCGGCGUAAUCGAUACGCGAACGCGCCGAGUUGGGUUACUAAAGAAAAAGAUUGUUGUAAUAUAAUCGAUCGUUCGGUAGGUAAUUGAAAAGAAAGAGCUCCGUAAAACGUUACUAUUACGAACAACGUCGAUGUCUAUCUCGAGAGAAUUCUUGCACCCGCUGUAUCGUGUAGAGUCGUUGACGAAACUAGCAAAUUCGCGUUUCCGCUUUACAUCGUAUUGUAUCAUCGGAUUCCUUCGAUACUUGUAAGCGUAAAGACAGUUGACGCAAGUGCGAGCGAAUCGACGUAAAUCGAAUUUUUCAACUUUUAUUCCAUAUCGAUAGAUAUCUCGUGCGUAUAGGAUGUGUCAAAGAUACGAGACAAAUUCGCUUAGACGAAAUUCCCUACGAUAAAGAAAACCAUUUUUUAGCGAAUUACGUGAAUUAUAUACGUAUAAAUAGCGAAUUGUUUUAUUUUUUAUAUCGAGUUGUAGAAAUCGUUUUCGCGUUGUUCGAAGGUUGGAUUUCGAAGGAACAGCAUAUUUACCGAUUUAUUAUCGAUAAAAGAAAUCGCUACUGUAAAUAUCUCCACUAACCACUAACCGUAUAACUUAGAUAUAAGGUAAAUAUUUUUAAAUAUACCCAAGACACUGAAAAUAUUGAAA